AUGAAUGGCUUAAAGACGAAAGAGGAUCUAGAGCUCGAAUUUUCAAGUUCUGGCGAAAAGGAAAGGGCCAAGGAAGUUCUUCUCGCUCGAUUACGGAAGGACGGUUGGGUAACAGAGGUGAAGGCAAUGGCUCGAAGAAUGAUCAAAGAACGAGGAGUAGAUAACGUGAAUCUGGAAAUGCUAUACGAAGAACUGAAACAACCGGCACGUCGACUUGUUUCCGAAGAGGCCAAAAAGGAGUUGUAUCUGAUAGUUAGAGAUUGGGUUGCCCAACGGUGUGAUGUCGAGUUAUAA